CGUACCGUAUCAAAACCAGUGACGGUAGAAAUUGCUCCGGGUAUAAAUAAAUUACGAGAAUCUACGGACACACCCGAUCUUUAACGUAUAAUAGUCUUUUUAACUGUUUUGAACAUGAAUUGAGGGUGGAUAUUAACAAGGAAUAAUUUACAAAAGGUUACUAUUUCGCUCUUACUAUAAAAGUUUACACGUAACGUGUGAUGAGGUGAUUUCGAAGACAGUUGAUCAUAUCCUCUUCAAAUGGCAGAUUUAACAGACGAACAGAAGAUAAUCAUUGGAGUUUGUUGUGGGGUUGCAGGAUUGAUAUUAAUUGCAAUUGUUGUGUUCAUCUGCUGUAUAUUCCUUGUAAGAGGAAAACGAAGGAGAAGAAAUGGCUACAAGGAUGAUCUUAUAGUUGACAGAUAUGAUAAUAGAUAUGAUAAAUAUCCUGUUUACGAGAAAGAAGUACCAGCAGUUAUUUAUGACCCGCCACCACCGCCCCCGAUGUGGAGAGAGCCCGUUUACCACAAGAGGCCAGUUGACAUACCAUAUAAGUACGAUACGUGGGACCGAUUCAGUGAACCCCCGAGAAAGUACAGUGAUCGAUACAUGGGAGGUUAUAGAAACGAGCCUAUUAUUGUACCAAUGGCAGAACCAGAGUACGUGAGCUCGAGGGCGCCUCGGAGGGAGCCUGACACGAUCUACCUCAAAUUUGUAGUGGAUCGUGCAAGACUUAAGCGAUAUGUUACUGACAAUACUCAGAACGUACGUCAAAAUGUAAGAACUGAUCAACAUGUAAUGACUGACGUGGUCACAACCGCUCAAUCUGGGCAGUCUGGCCAAAUUGACCAACUUCUCCAAACUGACCGACCUCUUCAGUCUGUCCAACAGACAUCUCGGUACGUGGAUGAUCAAGCUCUUUUGUCGCGUAGCAACAAUAUGAGACGUUCGGAAUACUACGGGGGCGGCGGAGGAGCAGCCGGUAUGAGGAGAUCCAGAAGUUUCCAUGACGUCAGAGGAGGUUCUGCGUAUGUUGGUGAAUGGAGAAGAAACCCUGAAAUCCCGUCACAGUUUAACGAACGUGCACUGAAGAUGGGACACGAUCCUUUCUUGUGGAGCUAAAUCAUCAAAACAUCUUCAUAAUGACAUGCCGGACGACACAGACGUGAACCACUACCUAGAGAAGAAAAAUAGUAUACAUAGUUUUGACCCUACCCAAUCAAAGUCGUCUGCGACGUCCAUUUCAACAACAUUUUAAAAAGACAACGAAAUAGAAAUUUCUCAAUAGCUCGCAUUUUCUUAGUCUAUAAUAUUGCCUUUUUUGAAUAUUGCUUUAUUGCAUUAUUCAUUCAUGAAAUCAUAAUAGACCUUGUGAAAUUUAUUAAGUACUUUGGAACUAUGAUUCACGCCCUGACUUAGUCAGAUGUCCACGCUUAUUUGUUGAUCAUUUUUAUAUUUACACAAGUGGAUGUCUUUUAUAGAUAAGGAAAGACAACAUGCAAACAAUGGUCAUAAUUGAACUUGUUUGCAUUUGUUGGCAGAGGGUGUGGGUGGGAGAGUAUUUCCCGUUUUGCAUUCCCAAUUUAAAUAGAAUAUUUGGUUCAUAAGCACCAUGUUUCAUUAUGUUAUUACCGGCAUUGUUUCUACAAGUCAUUGUUUCUACAAGGCAUUGUUUCCACAAACAUUUAGAGGUUUAAUAUAUUUUGAUUUACAUUAUAAAGUCAUUUAUUUUACAAAAACACAGUUUUUCUUACUCCAUGUUUCCAUCUAGAUAGUGUUAUAUUACAAACUAAACAAAAACAUAUAUUAAAAUAUUGCAUUACAAUGUUCGACUGUGUUAUAUAUAGUUAUAUAGUGUAUUAAUUAGUGUGUAUUCUCAAAUUAAAGUGCAUAAUAUGUAAAUGAAUGGGUGUGCUAUGUUUGUGGUACAAAAAAGGGCGUGUCAUGCAUACCCGAUUUAUGGCUGGAUGCAAGAAGAUAAAUGUUUUUAUGUACAAUGUAUAAUUAUAUAACAAAAAUCAACUAGUUUGGAGGAAAACUACUUCAUGAUUAAAUAUUAUAUUAUU